CUCUGCCGCUAGCUGCCCGACGCGCCGGGUGUCCCCACUCUUGCGGCCGCACCCGCCGCCAGGCAGCCUCAGCACCUGCGCUCGGGACGUCCUGAGCCGCCGGCACCCGCUACUGUCGGGCCAGAGAGGGCCAUGGGUUUCCUGCCCCGGACCGUGGCCACCAGCUUGCUGCGGUGUUUCUUGCUGGGACUGAGCGCGCUCGUGGUGCCCACGCCCGCCCAGCUGCAGGUGCACGUGCCGCAGGGCCUCAGGGAACUGCAGGUGGUGGAGGGGUCGGAGGCCGUUCUCCCCGCGUGGUACUCCGUGAUGCAGGAGGGCAGCUGGUCCCAGCCCUGGGAGGUGCUCUCGGCCAUCUGGUACCUGCAGCGCCAGGGGAAGGAUCCUGAGCAGGUGCUGGCCUACAUCCGGGGGACCACAAUUAACAAAGACGGAGUGGCCCUGGUCUACUCCAUGCCCUCCCAGAACGUGUCUCUGCGGCUUCGGGGUCUCCAGGAGAGAGACUCGGGGUCCUACUACUGUUCCGUGAACGUGCAAGACCGACAAGGCGUGAGGACAGAGCAUGCCAACAGCCAGAUCUUGGAGCUCAGCGUGCUGGUUCCUCCAGCGCCUCCAUCCUGCCGUGUUGUGGGCGUCCCCCGGGUGGGGACCAACGUGAGCCUGAGCUGCAAGUCCCCGAGGAGUAAGCCAGCGGCCCAGUACCAGUGGAUGCGGCCGCCUCCAUCCUCCCAGAUUUUCUUUCCACCAAUAUUAGAUGCCUACAGGGGCUCCUUGAACCUCUCCAACCUGUCCUCGUCCAUGUCUGGCGUCUAUAUCUGCAAGGUCCACAAUCAGGUGGGCAGCGGCUCAUGCAAUGUGACCCUGGAAGUGAGCACAGGACCUGGGGCUGCAGUGGUGGCUGGGGCCAUCGUGGGCACCCUGCUGGGGCUGGCGCUGCUGGCCGGUCUGGUCCUCCUGUUCCAGCGCCACCGCCAGACCAAGGGCGUGGAGGAGCCAGCCAACGAUAUCAAGGAGGACGCCACGGCCCCCCGGACCCUGCCGUGGCCCAAGGGCUCAGACACCAUCUCUAAGAACGGGACCCUGUCAUCUGUCACCUCCGCGCGGGCCCUCCGCUCACCCCCAGGCGCUGCCAGACCGGGGACCAUGACCCCCACCCCCAGUCUCUCCAGCCAGGCCCUGCCCUCACCUCGGCUGCCUGGGACAGACGGGGCGCACCGGCAGCCGGCAGCCCCCAGCCCAGGCGGCAUCUCCUCCUCCGUGCUGAGCCGCAUGGGUGCCGUCCCGGUCAUGGUGCCCGCCCAGAGCCAGGCUGGGUCUCUGGUAUGACGGCUUGGCCGGGCCCUCGUGGGCUGACACGUGUCAUCUCUCCCUUUCCCCUUGGGGUCGGUCACGGACUCUUGAAAGGGGGCCACCACCCAGGCCCCGGGUCCUCUGCCUCCCACCUUGCUUUCCUAGAGGAAAACGGAAUGUGGGUUAAGGACCCGCAUUUCCAGAAGGUGGGGAAGAGGGAGGGGACCUGGACGCGCAAAGAAGCCCCCUCUGCCCCGAAACAGCCACAAGAUCCAGGGGACCUUGUGGCAUUGUGCCCUCCCAGCCCCGAACCCCUAGUCUCUUAACACUCCCCAGGCCCCCUGCAUUCUGGGGAACCUGUCCUGCUGGCUUGGCCGGGUUUGGCUGGGGCAGGGACCCUGUUUUUAAAACUAACUUGAAAUGUGUGUUUCUGGUUUUAUUUUGCGAGUCUCAAUAAAGAUGCACUGUGUUUGUA